GGGAGCUCUAGCCAAUGGGAUUGCCGCGCUGAAGCCGGGCGACGGUUAAACGGCUUUUUCCAGAAGUCGUUGGCUCGGCAUUUGGCGGCGGGAGCCGGCUGAGGAUGAACCCGUUAACGAAAGUGAAGUUGAUCAACGAGCUCAACGAGCGCGAGGUCCAGCUGGGGGUGGCGGAGAAGGUGUCCUGGCACUCCGAGUACAAGGACAGCGCCUGGAUCUUCUUGGGGGGACUUCCUUAUGAAUUGACUGAAGGGGAUGUUAUCUGUGUUUUCUCCCAAUAUGGUGAGAUUGUUAACAUAAAUCUGGUACGGGAUAAGAAGACUGGGAAAUCCAAGGGAUUUGGUUUCCUUUGCUAUGAAGACCAGCGGAGCACAAUUCUGGCUGUUGACAAUUUUAAUGGCAUCAAGAUCAAAGGACGAACUAUUCGAGUGGAUCAUGUGUCUAACUAUCGGGCUCCUAAGGACUCAGAUGAAUUGGAUGAUGUGACCAGAUUGCUUCAAGAGAAAGGCUGUGGGGCUCACACACCUUCAAACAGUUCAGCUGAGGACUCUGAAGAUGACAAACCCACAAAAAAACACAAAAAAGGCAAAAAGGAAAAAAAGAAAACGAAGAAAGACAAGCGGGAAGUACAGCCAGAACCACCUGUCUCCUCUUUAUCACCCAGAAGCAAGAUGAUAAAGGAAAACAGUUCCCCUGACUAUAAAAAAUUCAACAGCAAGAAUUCUGAAAAGAUUCUGAAGUCAGAGUCCAGGGAGGGGCUGAAGCAGUACCACAGCUCCCCUGAGGUCAGGACAACCUACCACUCUGCAGCAGAGCCCCGAGAUAAGGAGUCAAAGAAGGAGAAGCCCAAACAUGAACACAGGUCCUUAAGUAGGAGGGAGGAAAGGGAAGAAAAGAACAGGGAUAGAGACAGAGAUCGAAGCUCAGAUACUCACGUUGGCCGGAACAACGAGCGUUCUGAAUGGCAUGGUCGUAGGAGUAGGAGUAGGAGUAGGAGCAGUGAUAAAUCCCACAGGUAUCAAAGAUCCUGGCACUCCCGGGAUUGGGGAACCCCCACUUCCAGAGACUACAGGCAUCACUGAGCCUGCAGCCGAUUGUGUUGCUUGGUAGAAUUGGACAUGAAAUGGUUGUUCGUGUGUGUGUGUAUGUGUGUGUGUUUUGGGUCCCACCAGGAGGUUCUCAUGACUUCUAGCUCUGUACUCAGGGGUCAAUCCUGGCUUGUGUGUGUGUGUGUGUGUGUGUGUGUGUGUGUGUGUUUUGGGUCCCACCACGAGGUUCUCAUGACUUCUAGCUCUGUACUCAGGGGUCAAUCCUGGCAGGGCUCAGGACCAUACGAGGUUCUGGGGACUGAACAUAGGACAGCUGCCUGUAAGACAGACACCCUGUCCACUGAACUGUGUCUCUGGCCCCAGAAUUGAACUGUUAAAAAAGUAGUUUUUCAAAAGCAAUAACAUUUAUUUCUCUAUUUUGAUAUGUAAAAUCUUUUGAAGCUAAAUUAUUUUAGUCCCUUGUGUAUCAAUCCUUGAGAGAGUUAUAUGUCAUAUAGUCUGAUGUCCUUACUCUUUCGGGGAGGGAGGCAGGUAACACCUAGCAAUACUUAGGGGUUACUUCUGACUGCACUCAGGAAUUACUCUUGGCAGUGCUUGGGGGACCAUAUUGGAUGCCAUAGGAAUUGAACCCCAGUUGGCUAUGUGCAAUUCACACGCCUGACCUAUUUACUCUCUCUCCGUCUCCUGAUGUCCUUGAGUUAAGCGCAGUUUGUUGUCCUUGAGAAUAUAAUUGGUACUAAUCAGAUCAAAUGUGCUAAAUGGGUUCAUAUAUAGACCCAUGAACCUAUAAACCCCCAAGUUAGGAUGAGAAAUGUUAAGAAAUGGGAAAAUAUUAGACAUAUCUAAAAUUUAGUCUGUGUUGGAUGACCUUUCCAGUUGGCAGAUAAAACCAUAGAGAAGUGUGACAUAAGCUGGUUUAAGUAGCAUGAUAUAGUAAUGAAGCUGUUAGUCUGUUCUGUUUAUAUUAAUAGGUUGUGUCUUUUCCUGAACCAUUUUGUUGGUUGAUACAUUUCCACAUGUUUUUCUUGAAGUUUAUUUAAAUUGAGAAAUUCGCACAACAAAAUUCACUUUGUAAAAAAAUUAGCU